AUGAAUUACCUUACGAAUUCUUAUGGAUCAUCGGAAGGUCAAGCUGUCGCUGUUUCUAAGAAAAUAAAUUUAAAAAGUAUAAAAAAUCCAGAAUAUGUCCUGACUUGUCUUCGGAAUUACGGGUUUACUCGACCCUAUAUCACCAAACUCAUCCUCAAGAAUCCAAUGACCCUUGUCGGUAAAACUAAAACAAAACUUAUCCCCAAACUCGAUUAUUUCAUUUCUAAAGACAUCUCAAAACUCGAGGUUGCCAAGUUUAUAUCUUCAAAUCCAUUUAUCCUGUCAAGAAGUUUGGAAAAAUACGUUAUUCCUAUAUUUGAUUCCAUUAAGAACAUUCUCGGUACUGAUAGAGAUGUGCUUAAAUUUUUCCAACGUCUGAGGACUCGUCGUGCAGAUAUGAGUGGAGAGCUGAUGCCAAACAUACAACUAUUGAAAGAUGAGAAUGUCCCUCCAUCAGAACUUUCCAAGUUUCUAAUCAACAGCGCAUCGUGUUUAACAACGAGCACUGAUAGAUUCAAAGGUAUAGUGGAACAACUUAAAGAUGACCAAAUUCAAGAUGCAUUUUUGAAGCAUCCUAUGUGUAUGUUGCACUCAGCCGAGACAAUAACGCGUAAAAUGGAUUACCUUGUAAAUAAAAUGGGUUAUAGUUCGUCCGAUAUUGCCAAGUCUCCAUCUAGUUUGUACUCUAGCUUGAAGAAUAGGAUCAUACCCAGGUGUUCUGUUUACCAAUUUCUAGUUUCCAAAGGUUUGAUCAUAAAAAAUGAAAUCUCCUCGACACUUUUGAUAUGGUCCGAGGAGUGCUUCUUGAAGAAGCUUGUGUUCAAGUAUGAGGUAGAAGCUCCUGAGAUACUGAACGUAUACCAUAAUUCAUCUGACUCUACAACUUGA